GCCGCAAUCACAAGCCAAGACCCUCCGUUUCGCGACUUCGUGAUUUUCAUUGACACAGAACACGAACAACAACAACAAAGAUCGUAGCAUCUCGUCGCACUUGUCGCGCUCGUCACGGAUCUUACAGCUAUGGUCUACAUCCGUCAGGACAAGCUGCCCAAGCUCAAAGAGUAUAAAUAUUCUGGUGUAGAUCACAGUCUACUCUCGCAAUAUGUCCUCAAGCCAUUCUACACACACGUUGUCAUCAAAUGUUUUCCGAUGUGGAUGGCACCUAACCUUAUUACACUUUCUGGAUUCGGCUUUGUGAUUGUCAACUUUCUCACUCUGCUGUGGUACACACCUACCCUGGAUCAAGAUUGUCCUUCAUGGGUGUACCUCAGCUGGGCAAUCGGUCUGUUCCUCUACCAAACAUUUGACGCCGUCGAUGGAAGCCAGGCCCGAAGGACCCAUCAGAGCGGUCCUCUCGGAGAGUUGUUCGACCACGGUGUUGACGCGAUCAACACCACUCUAGAGGUUCUGCUCUUUUCCGCCACGAUGAACCUUGGGCAGGGCUGGAAGACAGUCCUCACCCUCUUCGCUUCGUCAUUGACAUUCUACGUUCAGACGUGGGAUGAGUAUCACACCCACACUCUUACCCUUGGAGUGAUCUCCGGCCCAGUUGAGGGCAUUCUCACUCUAUGCAUCGUGUACGCAUCCACUGCGUUCCUCGGCGGAGGCAGCUUCUGGCAGCGCUCUAUGUUCGAGAGCGUAGGCCUGCAGAAUCACGAUCUCAUUCCGGACUUUGUCUACAAUCUGGCGUGGAAUGAAUGGUAUAUGGUCUAUGGAAGCGUAGUGCUGGUCUUCAACGUUGUUUCUAGUGCGCAAAACGUGAUGAAAGCUCGUCGCGCUCGAGGCCAGCAAACUCGAGUGGCACUUCUAGGGCUUCUCACAUUCGCCGCAGCUUGGGUUCUCAUUGCUGUCUACCUCUUCCUGCAGCCUGCCAUCCUGCACCAUCACUUGGUGCCUUUCAUCUUCUACGCUGGUCUCAUCAACGCUUACUCCGUCGGCCGCAUGAUCAUCUCGCAUCUGACGAAGUCUCGAUUCCCUCGCGGCAACGUACUAGUUUAUCCGUUGAUCUACGGCGUUAUCGACUCUUUGGGUCCUUGGCUGCAAGAACACAUUGGCGUGGGUUGGCCCAGUGCUCUGGGCGACGGUGUUUACCAAGUCGCUUUUAUCUUCAUGUGUCUUGGCCUAGCUGUAGGAGUACACGGAAGCUUCAUCGUCGACGUCAUCUGGACUAUCUGCGACUACCUUGAUAUCUGGUGUUUGACGAUCAAAUACCCUUACCAGCCGGUCAAGGAAAAUACCGAGAAGAAGGGACAAUGAGCGGGAGGAUUGGGGAGGCGCAAACAAGUGACACUGUAAACACUACGAAAUCGCAACAUCAAUGGCCUUGUAUUUGAUAUCUCCUAGUCGCACUGCGAAAUUUAUGGUGUUAUGGUUUCGC